AUGCCGCCCAACAACAAGAAAAAGAAGAAGCCCGCCGCCAAUCCAGCUAGAGGGUUCGCUACCGUUUCGGUGCCCUCCAAGCCAAAAUCCACUGACACUACAGCUCCUACGUCGACGGUCGAAUCCAAGUCGGUCUCUGAGAGUGAGCGACCAACCCCAGCCGAGAAGAACGAACCCACCACGGAGACACAGCAGUCGUCAUCGCUGCAGAAUUACUCCCCCGAGGAGCUCGAGCGACACCUGGAGGACGCGGAACUACAACUGCUAGUCGAGAAAUAUGCAUCCAAAUGCAAGAAUGAUGCCGCCCGGCAGGCCUCCAAGCUGGAAACCGAGCGACGAGUUUUCCGGCAACAAGCUGUGUCUCUCAGCUUGUUGGAGUGGUUGCCCGCCGAAGUCCUGGAUACAAUACUGAGCCUGGCGGAGACGGAAGAACGCGAACUGAGUCCCCUGUCAGGACGAGACCUGAACGGGUCGAAGAAGCCUGGCUCCGAAGAGGACCUGUACAUGAGACUCUGGACGUUGAAGGAGACCCUGCUUAGGCUGGGCUUUCCGGCCGAAAGAGUAGAGGAGUCGUUAAAACAUCUAUUACUCUAUUUUUCUGGUAAUUUUGCCACUUCCAAUAGGGACAUGGUGUGUAAUCUCGACGAGGCCCUCGACUGGCUCGCAAUGCACUGCGGUCUCGACGAACUGCCGUCCUACACCCAGACGGGGGCCCAAAUACGCAAAGACGAAAAGAACAUUUCCUGGAUCUCUGAUUCUCAGCCAGCGCAAUCUUCUACUCCCAAAUUGACCCAGGAUGAUAGCAAGCCAAAGCAAGCCAAAAGCACAGUAAAGGCGGACCUGCCCCCGGCCUCGAGCCCUUAUGACUCUGAUAGCUCUUUGGAUCCGGAUACCUUACUGCCGAAAUACUUGGAGCUCCAAACUCGGCUGUAUAACCUCCAACCUGAAAUCUUCGAUAAGCCGAAGAAAGGGAAGAGGUCCGGCCGCGAGAAGACUGCUAGCGCCAGUGCGGAGGACCCGCAAGUAGCUAGCCUUCAGCGAAAGAUCGCUAGCAUUGAGAAUGACGUGCUCUUUGACAAGGCAGAAGCCGAGUACCGGUGGAGAGAGAAGCUGGACGACCUCAGGAAAGAGGCAGCCUUUCUGCGACAGUCUCAGCCGAAAGACAAGCCGGAGCAAGAUGAUACCAAGGAGGCCGGAGAAAAAGAGCCGGAGAACAGUGUUCCACUCAUGGAUGAGGAUGAGACUGCGGACCUCCUGGGCGAUAUGUUCCAGGCCGAGGAGCCAACGUUAGAGAGUGGGGUGAUUCUUGAGGAGCUGAACAAGGCCGUUCUGAACAUGCGAGAUUUCGGUAAAUGGACGGGACUCAACCCUCGGAGAGUUCUGGAGGAGACCUGCAAGGCAAGUCAUUCCAACCGCCAGGCUGUUGAGGUGAGAUGGACGAAGCCUCAGGAGCCUCCUUUCGCUCUCGAGUUGGAGCAUGUGACGCUCAAGUCCAGUCCCUAUGCUACAUUCGUGUCAAUGGACACGUUAGCAACUCCUACAUCCCAGCAAGCCGAAGCCUUCGUUUCCACGGUGGCACUCUUCAUCAUUUCUUCGCAGAACUCUAAGGAGAGCAAAUCCUAUGUCCGCCUACCUGCGGUUUGGAGAGAUUUUUGGACAGAAUUGGCGAAUGUUAAGAAGCUCCAAGAGGAUGAGGUUGACAAGAAGACGGUCAAGGACUUGAAACAGCUAGUCCAGGAGAAUCAUGGCGCGUUCGAGGAUGAUGUUGUUCUUUCAGAUAACUUCCGGAGAAGAAAUGGCACACCCAGCAAGACGGAUGUAUUAUCCAAGGCUGUGAACGGAAAGGACUCCGGUCCAGAUGACCAGCUGCAGAAACUGUGGGCAGACAAAUCCUCUGCCGCCUCUUUCCAGCGGAUGAUGCAAGGCAGAAUGAAUCUGCCAAUCUGGGACUUCAAGCAACAGAUCUUGAGUACUCUUGACACGCACCACGCUCUUAUCAUCUGCAGUGAGACGGGUAGUGGUAAGAGUACCCAGAUUCCCUCCUUCAUCCUGGAACACGAAAUGCAGCAGGGUCGUCCGUGCAAGAUAUACGUGACCGAGCCGCGGCGAAUCUCUGCUAUUUCAUUAGCACGGCGUGUCAGCGAGGAACUAGGGGAAAGCAAGAGUGAUGUUGGGACGGCCCGCUCACUCAUUGGUUUUGCUGUUAGACUGGAGAGCAAAGUGAGCCAGUCUACAAGAUUGGUCUUCGCAACCACUGGAGUUGUGGUGCGGAUGCUAGAGCGCCCGGAAGACUUCCAGGACAUUACGCACGUCGUUCUCGACGAAGUUCAUGAGCGUUCCAUCGACAGUGACUUUUUACUGAUUGUCUUGCGUCGCCUGAUGCAAAAGCGACCAGAUCUGAAACUGGUGCUUAUGUCGGCUACGCUCGAGGCUCAGCGUUUCUCCAACUACCUCGGCGGGGUCCCUGUGCUCAAUAUCCCUGGACGAACAUUCCCUGUGGAAACGAAGUUCCUGGAAGACGCUAUUGAAUUGACCGACUAUCGGCUCUCGGAAAACGAGACUAAUGCCAGCUUCGACGAAGAUACUGAAGAUAUGGCUGCGGAAACCGCCGAAGGUGACACCUCUGGAGGCCUGCUGCCAACACUCGAUCGGUACUCGAAGCAGACGCGCGAGACCGUUCUCAACUUCGACGAGUAUCGGCUCGAUUAUCAACUGAUCAAGAGGUUGCUGAUUCAGAUUGCUACGGUUCCGGACAUGGCACAGUACAGUAAGGCGAUCUUAGUGUUCAUGCCGGGUAUGGCGGAGAUUCGCCGUCUGAACGAUGAGAUUUUGUCCGACCCUACUUUCCAGACCGGAUGGAUUGUGCAUGCGCUGCAUUCGUCUAUUGCCAGUGAGGACCAGGAGAAAGCGUUCAUUGUGCCGCCGGAGGGUAUGAGGAAGAUUGUCAUUGCCACCAACAUCGCAGAGACAGGUAUUACGAUUCCGGAUAUCACUGCCGUCAUCGAUACUGGGAGAGAGAAGACCAUGCGGUUUGACGAGCGACGACAGCUUUCAAGGCUUGUGGAGAUGUUUGUCUCACGAGCCAACGCAAAGCAGAGACGGGGCCGAGCCGGUCGAGUGCAAGAGGGCAUCUGCUUCCACAUGUUUACGAAGCACCGACAUGACAAACUGCUCGCAGAGCAACAAACGCCCGAAAUGCUCCGGCUCUCCUUGCAGGAUUUGGUUCUGCGUGUCAAGAUUUGCAAGCUGGGCGAGGUGGAACAUACACUUCUUGAGGCUCUGGAUCCUCCCUCCUCCAAGAACAUCCGUCGUGCGAUCGACGCUCUAAAGGAGGUGAAGGCGUUGACCAACUCGGAGAACCUGACGCCACUGGGCAUGCAGCUGGCCAAACUGCCGCUGGACGUGUUCCUCGGAAAGCUGAUCAUCCAUGGGGCGUUCUUCAAGUGUCUAGAUGCUGCCAUCAGUAUCGCCGCGAUCCUUUCUUCCAAGUCGCCGUUUGUCAACACCAUGGGUUCGAAUACGCAGAAGGACCUGGCACGACUGUCCUUCCGCCGAGGCGACUCGGAUCUCUUGACGGUAUACAACGCAUACUGCGCGUGGAAGCGGACGCGCAGCACGCCCAACGUGAACGAGUACACGUUCUGCCGCAAGAACUUUCUCAGUUCGCAGACGCUGCUGAACAUCGAGGACAUCAAGAUGCAGCUCGUUGUGUCUAUAGCGGACACUGGCCUGCUGAAGCUGGAUCCCACGCAGAAGACCGCCUUGAACAGAGCCCGAUCCGGCGGCCGCCAGCGGCAAUUCUUCACCAUCCCGGAGGAAUACGACUCGAACAGCGGCAACGACGCGAUCGUCAACUCGGUGAUCUCGUGGAGCUUCUACCCGAAGCUGCUCACGCGCGAAGGCAAAGGCUGGCGCAACGUCGCGAACAACCAGACGGUGACACUGCACCCGACGUCGGUGAACAAGCAGUCGGACGCGGCGACGGUCAAAUGGGUGUCGUACUACCACAUCAUGCAGGGGCGCAACCGCAACUACCACGCGUUCGAGACGAGCGCGGUGGACGAGUUCGCGAUCGCGCUGCUGUGCGGCGAGGCCGAGUUCAAGCUGUACGCGGGGGUGAUCUCGAUCGACGCGAACCGCAUCCGGUUCGCAGUGCGCGACUGGAAGAGCAUGCUGGCGCUGAAGGUGCUCAGCGCGCGGGUGCGCGAGAUCCUGGCGGCGACGGUUCGCGAUCCGCAGAAGCGGCUGUCGUAUAAGCAGCGCCAGUGGAUGGAUAUCUGGCAGCAGAUUUUUGCACGGCGGGCGUAG